AUGAGCUUCCGCUUCCCCUAUCACGAAACUCCGUCGGAGAGCAGCUUCAACCGCGAGUUCAACGAUGCAGAGAAAGGCCAGCACGAUACUUCGGGAAUGGCACUUGUACCACUGAGCAAAGUCUAUGCAUCCGACAAAGCGAAUGGCCACCUUACAGCUUUCCCACCAACCCAUGACGGUAACAUGUCGUCUGUCACCCAAUCGAUGUCGUCUUUUCACAACUACAGCAAAUCAGACUCCUCCUUACCAAUUCUCCCCAAGCAGAAAACCACGCCGCCGCCUCCAAAGAAACAAGAACCCAGAAAAAGUACACUAUUCUUCCUGUGGUUCAACACGUAUAAGAAGUUGUUCAUUUUCGUUGUAACUCUCAACCUUGUUGGUAUUAUCCUUACCAGUGUCGGCCAGUUCCAAUAUGCGCAGGACCAUCUUGGUUCUAUGGUUCUGGGAAACUUGCUUUUUGCUAUCUUGAUGCGAAAUGAGUUGUUUUUCCGAAUACUAUAUAUGGCCUUCAUCUACGGACUGAGAAGUUGGGCGCCGCUGAGAAUGAAGUUGAUGGCAGCUUCGUUUCUGCAACAUGUUGGAGGUGUACACUCGGGUUGUGCACUCUCCGGUACUGCUUGGCUAGUGUAUUAUAUCAUCCAGAUUCUCAGUCACCGCAGCAUUCGUGAACCCGCUGUUCUCAUCACUGGGAUAGUCACCGUUGUCUUUAUUAUAACAUCCGUGCUGAGCGCAAUCCCGUGGGUUCGAAAUAAUCAUCACAAUAUCUUUGAGAGAUACCACCGAUUCGCUGGCUGGCUAGGCUUGGCUGCGACCUGGUCUUUUGUCGUUUUGAGCAACUCCUACGAUGCCAACAGUGGUAAAGACAAUUCCAAUGCGCAGUCCUUGAUUACUACAGAAAACAUCUGGUUUACCAUUUUCAUGACGAUCUUGAUCGCUCUCCCAUGGGUCAUAAUUCGACAGGUCCCCGUCGAGGUAGAGAUACCAUCGUCCAAGGUUGCCGUCCUCCGGUUUGACAGGGGAAUGCAGCAAGGGCUUCUUGGACGCAUCGGCCGUUCCGCUUUGAUGGAAUACCACGCUUUCGGUAUCAUCAGCGAAGGACGCCAUUCUCCAUAUCAUUACAUGGUUUGUGGUGUCCAAGGUGAUUUCACCAAGAGCCUUGUUGCGAACCCACCUACAAAGAUCUGGACACGAGAAUUGAAAUUCGCCGGAAUCGGACACGCUUCUGCCAUGUUCAACAGGGGUAUUCGCGUCUGUACGGGCACAGGUAUUGGUGCCGCUCUAUCAACAUGCAUCCAAAGCAAAAACUGGUUUCUCAUCUGGAUCGGCUCCGACCAGCUAAAUACGUUUGGAUCGACAAUUUCACGGCUCAUCCACGACAAUAUCGAGCCUGAUCGAAUGAUUUUAUGGGACACCAAGGAACGCGGCGGCCGACCAGAUACAAUGCAGCUACUGAGAGAUACCUGGAACAAUUUCGGUGCCGAGGUCAUCUUCAUCACGUCCAACAUGAAGGGGAAUGAUGAAAUGAUGCAAGGAUGCCGUGAAGAGGGAAUGCACGCUUUCGGCACACUCUGGGACUUCUGA